AUGUUUCAGGCCCACCGCGCCUUGGCCGCAUCAAACACCGUUGCUCAUUUAUUCGCACAGGUUAUCAGGCAUAUUCUUUCCCCCCACCUUCAACCUUUCUCACGCAGGACGCUGGACGUCGUAUAUACUACACUGCAAAUGAAGCUCUCGAUGUCAGCACUUUGUAUUAUGGCGGCAUCGCUUGCCGUCUCUUCGGUUCUUGCCGAUUUUCAGUAUGGUUUGCCCUGGGGUGGUGAUUCGAGGUGGGCGGCGUCUAUUGCCAAGAAGUCCUCGUCUUGGUACCAUCACUGGGAGAACGGUCUCGUUCAUGAGCUUGGCCAUCUCGAAUACGUUCCUACCUUUUGGGGUCCGACAAAGUGGUCUCAAUGGAACAAGCGUAAGCAUGAGAUGAACCAUCUUCACAUCGAGCACCUCCUGGCUUUCAACGAGCCAGAUGUCAAGGGUCAGGCCAACAUCGACCCUGAUACGGCGGUAGGUCUCUUCAUGCAAGAGCUGCAGCCAUAUGCACGCAAGGGUGUCAAGGUCAGCUCUCCUCAAAUGGUGUGGGACCUUGACUGGCUGUCAAAGUUCAUGAACAAAUGCCACGAGGCUGGGUGCAGCAUCUCUUUUAUCGCGCUUCAUUGGUACGGGGGUCCUCGUGACAUCGAAGCACUAAAGAAGUGGGUCCGGUCAGUUCACGAUAAGUUCAAGAUGCCCAUUUGGAUUACUGAGUACGGUCUGAACGCCAAAUCGAACCCUUCGGAUGAUGACACUAUCGGCUUCCUGGCAGAAUCGCUCGAAUGGAUGUCUACUCAACCCUACAUUCACCGUGUCGCAUGGAACGGUUGCUAUGAUGUUGGCUCCAAACCCGACUCGUUUAUUUCUGCCAAGAAUGCUUACUUCAAGGACGGCUCUGGUGCUCUUCGAGCAAUUGCUCACGCCUGGUUUAGUGGUAAAGGCAACAUUCUCAUGUCGAAUCCUAACUUCAAGAUUGUGAACAACACUCGCAACUCUGCUGAUGAUUCACUGUCGAGGCACAAAGCACACCGUAAGAGGUUCCUAUUGUAA